AUGCACAGCGAACCUAUUAAAACAGAUUUUAUACUAUUUACAAGUAAUAAUAAUAAAUACCAAUCCAAUCACGAACUAUUGCUCAAUAAUAAUAAUAAUAAUAAUAAUUUCAAAAUUAAUAUCAAUAACAAUCAUAAAAAGUCACAAAGUCGCAGAAACUCAAAUUCUUUCAAUCUCUGGCAGUCCUCAUUAAGUUAUAACAGUCACACCCACCAAAUUCGACCCAAUAUCAUACAAUUAAUAAAACGCCUCACAUUUUUCAGGACCAUCACUGCUGCGGGUGCUGCAAGUUGUGCUGCUACAGGUGGUGAAGGUUGUACAGGUGGUACAGGUUAUAAUAGCAGGUAA